AUACUCAAAUAAGUGGCAGUUCAUUAUAGUUAAGGCUCUAUUCAAUAACAUCUGCGUUAUACCUAAAGCAGGCAUUGCCAUUGGCUGCACGGAGUCGCAUUAAUGACAAAGAUACGUGGUGGUUGAUUGCGAACAUAGACUGCUAAAAUGUCUGUUUAAUUUGGAAUGGGUCAUCAAGUGAGUUCACCGAAGAGAAGGCAAACAAGAACGGUUCAAAUGACGCAAAUGGAGGUGGGCCGGAUGUUGAUAGAGCCUAUAAAUACUUGAGUUCUCACAGAGUUUGAGUAAAUCAACGGAAAAAGAUAACAUUUUUGCUUUCAUUUUGGAUCAUUUGGAUAACCAUGAGUGGUGGAUGUCCAUACUUCGAGAAAAGGCACUUGCUAUUCAAGAGCAAGCUGCAUCUAGAAGAGGAAGAGGAAGACGACUCUCAAGAAGGAAUCAACAAGGCCAGCAAAGGUGGCAUCAUCUAUGGUGACUACCUUCAGCUUGAUAAGGUUGUGACCGCCCAAGUUCUCCAGAGUGAACUGAAGGGGAACAAAAUCCACGAUGAGCAUCUUUUCAUUGUCACACAUCAAGCUUAUGAACUCUGGUUCAAGCAGAUUCUAUGGGAACUGGAUUCAGUGCGAGAGAUUUUCAUCAGUGGACAUGUUCGCGAUGAACGCAACAUGCUGAAGGUCAACACCCGCAUACACAGGAUUGUUAUGAUCUUCAGGCUGCUGGUCGACCAGUUCGCCGUACUCGAGACAAUGACCGCCUUGGACUUCUAUGACUUCAGAGAGUACCUGUCCCCUGCCUCCGGGUUCCAAAGUCUCCAGUUCCGUCUGUUGGAGAACAAGAUUGGGGUCCCUGACAACCUAAGAGUCCCCUACAACAGGCGCCACUACAGGGACAACUUCAAAGGACAUGAGAGUGAGAUGCUGCUUAGAUCUGAGAAGGAGCCUUGCCUGCUGAAAUUGGUGGAGAAAUGGCUGGAAAGGACCCCAGGUCUUGAAGAGGAUGGGUUUAACUUUUGGGUUAAACUGGAAGCCAACAUCUUUGAAGGGUUGAGUCUUGAAAAAAAUAAAAUAGAGAAAAUGCAAGACUCCGAGGAGAAGGAGGAGAUGAUGGAAGAGAUGACGAAACAAAAAGAGCUAUUUACUUCUCUGUUUGAUGUCAAAAGACAUGAGCAUCUUUUGGGCAAAGGUGAGAGACGGAUCUCCUACAAAGCUCUCCAAGGAGCUCUGAUGAUCUACUUCUACAGGGAGGAGCCCAGGUUCCAGGUUCCCUUCCAACUCCUGUCCAACCUGAUGGACAUUGAUACCCUCAUGACAAAAUGGAGAUACAACCACGUGUGCAUGGUGCACAGAAUGAUUGGCAGCAAAGCAGGCACCGGAGGCUCAUCUGGCUACCACUAUCUGCGCUCUACUGUCAGUGAUCGCUACAAAGUCUUUGUGGAUCUCUUCAACCUGGCCAUGUUUUUGAUACCUCGGCAUUGGGUGCCUAAACUAGACCCCAAUGAGCACACCUUCCUGUUCACCGCAGAGUACUGUGACAGCUCCUACUGCAGUAGUGAGGAUUCAGACUAGCAGACUGUCGCAACUGUCUAAAGUGGUCGGUGCAGACUGAGGAAAGGUGCCAAUGAGAGGAAGCCACUUUAGACCUAAGGAACAUCUACAUAAUCUAGAGUGUCAUACAAGCUAGCUAUGACCUGGUAAAGUCUCACCUACACCCAAUAAUAGCGACAAGUAACUUAGUAUAUCAUCAUAACCACAAAGGCAUCCCUCCCCCUCAGAACAGAACAGCCUCAAUUUGUUGGUGCAUGGACUCCACAAGGUGUUGAAAGUGUUCUACAGGGGGAUGCUGGCCCAUGUUGACUCCAAUACUUCCCAUAGUUAUGUCGUGGUGGGCCAUUCUUGAAACACACAGCAAAAUGUUGAAGGUUAAAAAAACAGCAGCGAUGCAGUUCGACACAAACCGGUGUGCCUGGUACCUACUACCAUCCCCAGUCCAAUGGCACUUAAAUAUUUUUUCUUGCACACAUACACAAUCCAUGUCUCAAUUAUCUCAAAGGUCAUGAAAAUGCUUUUUUAAAAUCUCUCAUCCCCUGCAUCUACACUGAUUGAAGUGGAUUUAACAGGUGACGUCAAUAAGGGAUCAUAGCUUUCACCUGAUCAGUCUAUAUCAUGGAAAAAGCAGGUGUUCUUAAUGUUCUGUAUACUCAGGGUAUAGUAUAUAUAUUGUUUAUAUAAUAUUGUGCUGUAUUUAAAGUAUGAAAAAGUGUGAUAUAAUCCUGUACAUAGCCUAAUGAAUGAUAAUCAUGAACCCUUCCAUGUACUUGAGUUCUGAAUGUGUACCCUAAAGAAGUAUAUUGUUAAUCUUUUUAGAAUAGUAUUAUGUUUUUGUACAGUACUUCGAUAUUGGUGCAUUGGGUGUUUAUGUGAGGUAAGAGAAAUUAUAUGUAGACUUCAUUCAACAUGUAGUGAUAACAUCAGCAUAGAAAUUAUCACAUGACUAAAAAAAUAAUAUAUUUUUGUAACAGAAGAUAAAAUUGUAUGUCUCAAUAAAAAUAUGUUAUUGAAAAGUU